AUGAAGGAGAAGGGUAUUAAUGCUGAGCAUGACGAGGAUGAAGAGGAAGAUGAUGAAGGUAGCUCAGCGAGGCAGAGGGCUAAGCACAGAAGGAUUAGUGGGUGGAAUUUCAAUGAGGAUGAGUUUGGUCUCGUCCCUGUGUUCCCAGUUGAGCCUCAAGGCGAUUCGGCUGUGAAAAUGGUUCGGUUUGGUGGAGAAACCAUCAUCCAGGACAGGGGAGUUGAGUGGAGUGAGUCGAAUCCGAGUUCACCGGGUCGGGUUGGGGAGGAGGCCAAGAGUGAGAAUGUGGGUGUGAUAGGAGCUGAGAGGGAAGCAAUGGCGGUGGGUGAGCAUAGUGAGAAUGUGGGUGAGACAAGGGGAUUGUUGGGUGGUGGUGGUGUUGAUGAGGAAGCCCUGGUGGGUGCCCUGAGUGGAAAUGUGGGCGGUGGUUUGGAUAGGGAAGCAAUGAUGGGUGCGCUAGUGGCUUUCAUAGGGAGCUUGGAUGAGCAGAGGCAGAAUGUGAUGAAAUUGUUGAGCGUGUUGAGAGGGGUGGAAGCUUGGGAGUUGAGCAGAGAGGAGCAGAUGGGGCAAGUGAUUGAGAGGCUGAGGGUGGAGUUGGAGAAUGAGAGGGGGAGGAAUUUCCAGUUGGAGAUGGAAUUGGAGUUUCUAAGGAUUCAGGUUUCUGGUGCACAUAGCAGCACUGGGGCUGGUAUCGAUUGA